AUGACAAACACAUCCCUAUUCACAACGGAAGGCGCCGUACCCGAAGAUCUGCAACCCAAUGCCGUGGCCAUAGUUGGCAUGGGAUGCAGAUUCUCAGGAGCUGACUCGGUAGAGGAAUACUGGCGUAUUCUGGAAGCCGGUCAAUCCAUGAUGAGUGACCCGCCCAAAGGUCGCUUCCCGGCAAGCGAGCACCAACGCAGUACUGAAAAAACGGUAUACUUCGGAAAUUACCUGGAGAGCAUCUCCAGGUUUGACAACCGCUUUUUCAAGAAGUCUAGCCGAGAGGCUGCAUCUAUGGAUCCCCAACAGAGACUUCUACUCGAAACCUCUUACCAGGCCUUGGAGUCUAGCGGGUUCUUCGGGCCCGGAGAGCCGGAUCUUGAUGUGGGAUGCUUCAUUGGAGUAUGCGCCUCCGACUAUAAUGACAAUGUGGCUAGUCACCCACCCAAUGCCUUCUCCGCACUUGGUACAUUGAGAGCAUUCGUUCCAGGGCGGAUCAGCCAUUUCUUCGGUCUCACUGGACCGUCCAUCGCUCUAGAUACGGCCUGUUCCUCGUCCGCUGUUGCUAUUGACGCUGCCUGCAAAGCGAUUUUGCAUGGCGACUGCAAAAGUGCAAUCGCUGGCGGUGUCUCCGUUUUCACGAGUCCGUUCUUCUACCAGAAUCUUUGUUCAGCAUCAUUCCUCAGUCCCACGGGCACAAGCAAAUCUUUCGACGCCAGUGCAGAUGGUUACUGCCGUGGGGAGGGGGUUGGGCUUGUGGUCUUGAAACGCCUUUCCGACGCCGUGGCAUGCGGGGACAACAUUCUCGGUACAAUACUGGCCACCUCAGUCCGCCAAAGCAGCAAUAAGGUGCCGAUCACUGUUCCGUACAGCCCCUCACAAACAGAACUCUACCGAAAGCUCCUGAAAACUGCCAACAUAACACCAGAAACUGUCACAUACGUUGAAGCUCAUGGCACGGGCACUCCAGUCGGUGACCCUCUUGAAUUCGGUGCCAUCAAGGAGGUUUUUGGUACCGAGUCAAGAAAGGAUCCGCUAUACUUUGCGUCAGUAAAGGGAAACAUCGGACACACGGAAGGCGCAUCUGGCGUCGCUGGUCUCAUUAAGACCAUUUUGAUGAUGCAGAAGCACCAAAUUCCAGGACAAGCCCAUUUCCAGUCUGCGCAUCCCAAGAUUUCUCUUGUUCCAGGGCAAAUCUCCAUUCCGACCGAGACUGUUUCCUGGAAAACAGAAAGAAUGGUUGCUUGUGUGAAUAACUACGGAGCCGCUGGCAGCAUUGCUGCAAUGAUAGUUGAGCAAGCGCCAUCGCAGGAAAUUUCCGGUGCGACAUCGUGUGGACUGAGGAAGUAUCCUGUUGUUAUCACCGCAAACAGCCCAAAAAGUCUGGGUGAAAACUGCACAAGCAUAGCAGACUACCUUUCCACAUACAAACGAGACUGUGCAUCUGUCACAAAUCUGCUAGCAGAUGCUACAUUCAACCUCAGUGACAGGCAGAACAGAGCACUGCCUUACAUUUUCACAACACUCGUUUCGAGCCUAUCCGAUUUGGACACCGAACUUCGUGCCGUGGCUUCCGACCCCGAAUCAGCAAUCUACAGAGUCAACCGAGGCCCGAAGCCUGUAGUCCUAGUCUUUGGUGGCCAGACUGCUCGCUCUGUGGGCCUGAGUAAGGACGUUUAUAGAUCCUCGCGCCUACUUCGCAAGUAUCUAGACGGCUGUGAUGAUGUGCUCAAAGGAUUUGGUCACCGUGGCAUAUAUCCAGACAUAUUUGAUGAAGCACCUGCUGAUGACGUGGUGUCGAUUCAGACAAUACAAUUUGCGAUCCAAUAUGCUUGCGCCAAGACUUGGAUUGCCUGCGGUCUCAAAGUAGACUGCAUUCUAGGUCACUCUUUCGGUCAACUCGUUGCGCUGACAAUCUCGGGUGUUCUGUCACUUUCCGAUGGUCUCAAGUUGGUAUACGGACGAGCAGUCCUCAUGCGUGAUAAAUGGGGCACCGAAAGAGGAUCCAUGCUUGCCCUGGAGGCAGACCGGGCCCGCACAUUGGAAGUUAUUUCAUCGACGCACAAGAUGAUGUUGCCUUCCGGGUCUGGGGUUGAAAUUGCAUGCUUCAAUGGACCAUCAAGCCAUGUGUUGGUAGGGUCUUCGGUUGAGAUCGACGUUGCCUCACAGACAGCUAAAAGGAUGAAUUCCAAAUGCAAGAUUUUGGAUGUAACGCAUGGCUUCCAUUCGCGAUUUUGCGAUCCGAUUCUUCCAGACUUGGAACGACUGGCAGAGGGGCUUGAAUUCAACGCCCCGACGAUCUCCUUGGAGACCAGCUCAAGUGAGGAAGCCUGGGAUCAGAUCACCGCUAAACUUAUAUCCAAGCAUACUCGGACGCCUGUAUACUUUGAAGACGCAGUGAAACGAGUUGAGAUGCGGUUUGGUGCAUGUGCAUGGUUGGAAGCUGGGUCCAACUCUUCGGUGACCAGCAUCGUGCGCCGAUCACUGUCCAAGGCCGCAGACCAUUCAUUGUACCCAAUAGAUUUAUCCCGAAACGAUGCUAUGGCAUCUUUAGCUGAGGCUACAGUUACCCUCUGGAGAGAUGGGGGAAAUAUGCAGUUCUGGCCGUUCCAUCGCAUGCAGCGCCAAGAAUAUCGGCCAUUGAACCUGCCACCGUACCAAUUUGAAAAGAAUGAACAUUGGCUCGAGUUUGGCAUCCAGGCAGGAAACGGCUCUGUGUCUCCUCUGACGGAACCCCGAAAAUUGCCGUCCAUUGUUGACGAAUCGGAGCCGGAGCCUGUUCUCAUGGAAUUCUCGGGAUUUCAAGAUCUGGGAAACGAUCAGAAACAGGCAACAUUUGACAUUGAUCCGCGCUGCGAGGAAUGGAAAGUCCUCGUUUCCGGUCAUUCCGUGGUGCAUCAAUCUUUGUGCCCGGCACCUUUGUACAUUGAGCUUGUUCUUCAGGGGGCCAAGCGCCUAGCAGAGAUCAAAAACAUACCAUCUGCUCCAUUUGCACGGCUGGAAAAUUUUGAGAUGGCAUCCCCUUUGGGCAUGAGCCAGGACAGGAUUGUCCUGCUUGUGUUCAGACCAUCGGAUUCUACCGAUCGAAAGUAUAAGUUCACGUUCUAUUCAAAAGACCGCUCGGUGAAGACAAACGUUCUACAGACGCAUGCCUCUGGCACCUGCGAAAUUCUACCAGAAGACGAUACAACCAGCACCAUGGAACUUGAUAGGAUCACGAACCUCCUCCGGCACAUACGAAAAGAUCAGGGACAAUAUUCCAAUCGAAGUUUCGCAGACAUAGCCUCACAGCCGGGUGGUGAAGCACUAUAUGGAUCGGUCAUCUACAAACUCUUUUCUGGAAUAGUUCAGUAUCACAGAUUCUACCAGGGCGUCCGAAAGCUCGCAAGCACGAGAGAAGGAUCCGUCAUUGCAGAGGUUAACCUACCCGAAAACCAGCCGAGCUAUCUGAAGGAUCUUUUGUCCUUGCCUAUAGCCAUCGAUAACUUCUUCCAGGUUCCUGGAUUGUUCGCGAAUUGUCUAGCUCCUUGUGCGUCAGACGAAGUCUUCGUCUCCAACCAUGUUGACCGUAUUCAACUCUCGCCUGAAUUCGGCAAGAGGCAUGCCGAGAACAGAAGCUUAGCCUGGGAUGUUUUCGCUAUUUCUACCGCUACAAGUGAAAAGGAAUGCUCUAACGAUAUCUUCGUCACGGACAAGAGCACAAAUCAACUUGUAUUUGUUGCCUUCGGAGCGAAGUUUAGUAGAGUGAAGACAGCAACUCUCACCAAGAUCCUUUCCCGUGCAAAUCCUAGUGCGACCCCCUCAGCUGCCGAAAAUGAACCAUCUCGAAAAAUCUCUCUUCAUACUGUGCAUCCUCCCCCUGCUACCACUUUGUCGAGCUCCUUGACUGUCAUACCGGACAAAGUGCAAAGACCUGAAAUGUCACAACACCCACACCCGCCACCUGCCAAACCCGAAAUCGCAUCGGUCAACAUGCAGGUUGUUCCAGAACCAUUGUUACUUGCUAGUGAAGCAAAGAGCCCAUCAAUUAUUGAGGAGCUACGCCAAGCACUUGGUGAUAUGACCGAUGUUCCUGUGGCCCAGUUCAAGCCCCAUGUUACCUUGGACCAACUCGGCAUUGAUUCUCUCAUGACCACGGAGAUCGUGUCAGAGAUCCAGAAUAUGUUCAACGUAUCCAUCUCAACUGCGCAGCUUUUUGAACUCGGAACCUUUGGGGCUUUGUGCUCAUAUUUGGAUGAACGUCAAAAUCAACCAGGCUCCAUUGAAGUACUCAAAGAAUCAACGCUUGCCCACAUUCCGUCUUUGCUUCCAGCAUUCCAGAUGGCGGCUUCAACCAAGCACACAGCCGCCAUGCCUGAGGUUGUGAAGCAGAACAUGGCGGUGCCUGAGGCUCCACAAGUUUUGGACUGCGAACAUGAUCCAUGUGAAGAGUUGGUCGCGCAAUUGGCUGUCCUGCUAGGUACUCAUCUCGAAUGUCCAGCCACUGAUUUCGACCGCUCAACCAACCUCAUGGAUCGCGGCCUAGACUCUCUUCUCACGAUGGAGCUUAUGAGCGACAUGGAAGCUGCUUUUGGUGUUUCCAUUGAUUCAUCACUUCUUCUGAAGCAGAGUAGCUUUGGACAUCUCGCCGACAUCCUCAUCAGCUCGGUCAAUUCGCUACGACCCGGGAAUAGCACAGAUUCAAGUACAAUGUCUCCAACAUCAACACUCUCUUCUGGUAGCAUGACACCAGGCACCCCACCAGAUGACAGCUUUGAUGGCGUUGGUGCUUUCUCACACGUCAACAAAACACAUUUCGUAUCAGGGUCAUCUAUCCUCAGCAGCGCAGCUCAGGCUUUCGAAGCCAUCAAGUGCGACUUCGACGAGCUUGCAGAAAAAUACAAACUCACUGACUUCUACACCGAAGUUGCCAAUGAGCAAGCGGAUCUGGUAUUGGCCUACGUAGUGGAGGCUAUGACCGAGUUUGGGAUCGACUGGAAGACAUUGAGACCGGGUGAUCAGAUCCCCUGGAUCCCUGUCAUACCGAAGCAUGAGCGCAUGAUCAAUGUUUUCUACGAGAUUCUCCGCAAGGCCAACAUAGCCGACUACGAUGGCAAAACCUACUUUCGUUCAGAUGCGCCAGCGCCCACAACACCGUCGAAUGCCCUGUACAAGAACAUAGUGGCACGCUUUCCCCAACAUGCCAAAGAGCACAUGUUACUGAACGUGUGUGGGUCGGAUAUGUCCAGAAUUCUCACCGGCGAGAUAGAUCCUCUGGCUUUGUUGUUUGGAAGCAAGGCUAAUCGUGAGAUUCUGGAGGAUGUUUACAGCAAGGCACCCAUGUUUGUUGUCAACUCGCAGCUUCUCACCAGGUAUUUGGAGAAAGCGCUCAGCACUUCCUCUCCAGGGCCUGAUGGUAAGUUCCACAUCGUGGAACUCGGAGCAGGGACUGGUGCCACCACGCGCUUCAUUGUGGACCGUUUGGUACAGUCCGGAAUCCCCAUUGAGUACACCUUCACGGAUAUCUCCGCCGCACUUGUCAAAAGUAGCAAGCGAAAGUUUGCAAACUAUGACUGCAUGAGAUAUGGCAUAAUCGACAUUGAAAAAGAACCCUCCUCCGAAUAUCUCGGACAAUUCGAUAUCGUGCUCGCCACCAACUGCAUUCAUGCAACUAGCAAUCUUUACACCUCUAUGGGAAACAUCAACAAGCUGUUGCGGCCCAACGGGUUUGUAUCACUUGUUGAGCUCACCACUAGAAACUACUGGUUGGAUAUGGUCUUCGGCCUGCUUGAUGGUUGGUGGUUGUACGACGACGGACGACCUUAUGUGCUUGCGACACCUGAGUUUUGGGAAAGUACAAUGCGAAAAGUUGGUUUCCACCAUGUAUCAUGGACGGGCGGCCAUACACCUGAGUCAGAGAUUGUGAGAGUCAUCACCGGGUUCAAGGAAGCCGUCCAAGAUCCUUCUUCGUACCACAGUAUGCCGCAGGAGAAGAGUGGAAACAUUGAGACAGUUCUCUUUGCGCACACAGACAAAGGCCUUCCGCUGAGGGCUGACAUCCACUACCCUUCAUCGCAACAGGCAGCCAUGCAUAAAACGUGGGUCACCGGCUUGAUGAUCCACGGAGGAGGCCAUGUAAUGCUAUCCCGUCGGGAUGUUCGACCCCGCCAAGUACAACUCCUACUCGACAAUGGUAUUUUGCCUGUAUCUGUUGACUACAGGCUCUGCCCGGAGACGACCAUCUUAGAGGGACCACUCGUUGACGUCUCCAAUGCCUAUGCUUGGGCACUGCAAUCCCUGCCGUCACUGAAGUUGACACGUACCCGUGUAAAUGAAUCUCUUGAUCGCAGCAAGGCGGUAGUAAUUGGGUGGUCGACUGGCGGAACGUUGGCCAUGUCUCUAGCCUGGACUUCGAUACCACGUGGAAUCGCAGCGCCAACGGCGAUCUUGGCCUUCUACUGUCCUACUGACUACGAGGAUGUCUUUUGGACAAAGCCAAAUAUACCAAGACACUCUGAGACACGCGGAAGAGAGUCAUACAAUGUCAUCGAUGCAGUUCGCCCUGCUCCAAUCACAGCAUACAAUGUACCCCCUACCAUGAGGGCAGCAGCAGGAUGGAUGGCACCCAGCGACCCUCGCAGUCGAAUCGCGCUUCAUAUGAAUUGGCAUGGCCAAACACUUCCCGUUCUCUUCCGUGGACUACCAGCAGGGAUAAAUGUGCCACAGAAGUCUGCAGCAGCUUUCAAUUGCAUGGAACAGCCGCCUGGGGAUCAAAUUAUCCAAGCCAGCCCUUACGCGCAAAUUCUUCGGGGGGCCUACAAGUCACCAACGCAUAUCGUCUUUGGUACCAAGGACGAUCUCAUUCCAUGGGAGCAAGCCCAGCGGACAUUUUCAGCCAUGCAACGUAUGGGAAUAGAGUCGGGGCUUACCGUCGCUCCUGGAGAGCCUCAUCUGUUCGAUUUGUUUAGUGACUCCGGUGGUACUCGCUGGCGGUAUGUUAUGGAAGGGUACAAUUUCCUAUUUCAAAAUUUGGGCAAAGACAUCGUGUAA